GGCGCUAAAAGUUUUGAGCUCAAAAGUCCGAAGCCGCCGUCCUGGACGCAGGUGUCCCCUGGGCCCCCAGGGUCCCCUGGCUCCCGGCCUCGGAGGGUGCUUCCCAGGACAGGGAUACGCUCCCCGGAAGCUCCGCCACGCUGCCUUCCAGGGAGCUGCCUUCCAGGGAGCUGCAAUGGAUGAGCCGCUGUCAGAAGUCUCUAACCUCCCUCUGAGUCAGGAGACAUUCUCAGAAUUGUGGAAUUCACUCCCUUAUAGACUCAAUGACAGUGAUAAUCUGAAUCCUGAAGACUGCCAGGCGUUGGGUGAACUGGACUGGAUGCCCCAAGACCUCAUAGACUGUCUGGGCAGCGGUCCAAAUGAAGCCUCCAAUAUGCCAGCAACUCCUGCACCAGCAGCUGCCGCCCCAGUGCCAGCCACCCCCUGGACCCUGUCAUCCUCUGUCCCUUCCCAUAAGACCUAUCCCGGUAGCUAUGGUUUCCGUUUAGGAUUCCUGAAUUCUGGGACAGCCAAGUCCGUAACCUGCACGUACUCCUCUACCCUCAACAAGCUGUUCUGCCAGAUGGCAAAGACCUGCCCCGUGCAGCUGUGGGUCGCCUCCCCACCCCCGCUCAGCAGCCGGGUCCGCGCCAUGGCCAUCUACAAGAAGUCGGAGCACACGACGGAGGUCGUGCGGCGCUGCCCCCACCAUGAGCGCUGCCCUGAAUACAAUGACGAUCUGGCUCCUCCUCAUCACCUUAUCCGGGUGGAAGGGAAUUCGCGUGCGAAGUACCUGGAUGACAAAACCACUCUUCGACACAGCGUGGUGGUGCCCUACCAGCCGCCCGAGGUGGGCUCCGACUAUACCACCAUUCACUACAACUUCAUGUGUAACAGCUCCUGCAUGGGCGGCAUGAACCGGCGGCCCAUCCUCACCAUCAUCACACUGGAAGAUUCCGAUGGUAACCUGCUGGGACGAAACAGCUUUGAGGUGCGUAUCUGCGCCUGUCCUGGGAGAGACCGACGCACAGAGGAAGAGAAUUCCCGCAAGAAGGGGGAGUCUUCUCUCGAGCAGCCUCCUGGGAGUCCCAAGCAGCCCUCCAGGAGCACUAAGCGAGCACUGCCCACCGACACGGACUCCUCUCCCCCGUCGAAGAUGCGCGUGGACGAAGAAUAUUUCACCCUGCAGGUCCGUGGGCGCGAACGCUUCGAGAUGUUACGACAAAUUAACGAAGCCUUGGAGCUGAAGGAUGCCCAGGCCGGAAAGGACCCGGGUGGAAGCAAGACUCACUCCAGCCACCUGAAAUCUAAAAAGGGGCCGUCCACCUCCCGCCAUAAAAAGAAGCUCAUGUUCAAGAGAGAGGGGCCUGACUCAGACUGACACCCCUGCUUCUGUCCCCCAGGGACACCCCCACCCUUGUCCCCCUUCCUGGCAUAUUUUUGGGGUUGGGAGCUUAACCCUCUGCUUGGUAUAGAUGUGCCUCAGAAACACCCCAGAAUUCCGUUUGCCUGGCUGAGACCUCUCCUCAAGAAGCUGGCCUGCACUGGUGGGUUUUGGAGGAAGGUGGCGGGAACUCAGAUGUUUCAGCUUAACUUUUAAGGUCUUUCCUAUAGAGGCCAUUUGGGGGAGGGAGGAAAAUGUUCCUGCAUGCAAGGGUUAAGUUUUAAACCCGCCAUCAACACUGGGUUGGAAACUAGCCAGGGAAGUUAUCUCGAGUUUAAUUUCUCUAACUUCCUUGUCCACAUGGACGGGGCUGACUGUGAGGGUUAAUGAAAUGAUGGGUGUUUGGGACUAGGCUCCCUCAGGGGUGCCGGUUCCGGCCCCUGUCUGACCGGGCAGCUGGUUAAGAGAAGGAAACUUCUAAACCCUUCUCCACCGGCCUGGCCAAAGUCCGUCGGAAGUCAGGGAACCUCACCACCCAAAGGGAGACCUCCAUGCCUCAUCCCACCGCCUGGAGGGUCCCCUCUCCAGUGUAGGAUUUGUAUCUUCCAGGCUCUGCUUUACUUCCCGCAAAUGCUCAGGUUCGAUUCCCCCUGGGGUCUGAGAGGCACAUCUGUAUUCCUCACCCGCACCCCUCCCCCUCUUCCACUUUUAUACUACUUUUCUUUUUUUUUUUAUAUUGGUUUCUUGUUUUACAAUAAAACUUUGGUGAUACCUGUG